AUGAAGUUCAAUGGCAAGAUGCUAGUUGCUGUUUGGUUCGCACUGAUCACUAUUCAAUCGCUCGAUCAGGUGAGCGGCUACUCUGCAUGUCGUUCCGGAUGCCCUGAUGUGUUUGAUCAUUUUCUGUCCGGAGUAUAUCGCUGGAUAUCUCCAUUUGAUUUGUGCAGGCCGGAAACACCAAGACCGACCCAGGCUCCAACAACACCGCCAGUUACUGCUACUUCGACAGUACCAACAACAACAACCACUACAACCACCCCGGUCACAACGACAGUCCCAGUUCCACAAAUUGUUGCCCAAUUAGAAGCAACACCGGAAGUGAAAACAUGGUUACUGAAUCUAAUGUUGGAUUCGCUUUGUAACAUUCCGAACAAUCUGUUCGCGGUCUACAUCAACUCGGUCCUCUCGUCUAACCGCUACUCAGCGCAAAUUGUCCGUAUUGAUCCAUAUGACUACAUUGUUUGGAAUGCGACUGUGCAGAGUUCCCCAUCUGCACCGGAAUUCAUCCCUGCAACGAUCUAUUUAAUUUUCGGUGUCAAUGAACUGCCCAUUGUUGAGAAUUCCACCAUACUCGAUUUGAGCACAUUACCUGCCUGUUCCACGUUUAUUCCGCUCAACGACCUGCAGUCAACUAUCGAGAUUGUGUACGCGCAGUGGGUGAAUGUGAUCGACCAGGCGGGUGAGAACGCGACAGAACCGAUACUAUGUCGUCGUCUGGAAUCUCUGAUGUACCUGUUCCGAAUAGGCAGUGUUUUAUGA